AUGGAACGCCUGCUUUACGCUCUCGCUGCUACAGGAGUUACUUUGGCCUGCUCACCAGUGCCAGCACCUCCAGCCACUGGAAAAGGAAACGGCACAGCGCACGUUACGCUAAUCUCUGAUGCUGAAUUCGAUCAGAAUAAAAUUCAGGAGUACAUGGGCUACUGGGAUGACACAAAGAUUGAGGAGUACUCCAGAUCUCUGGGAGAAUUAGAUGAACUGAAAUGGGCAAACGUCACGGGACAUUUCGCAUACAAUUUCACCCUUGGGAACGCUGACUGCGAAAAGGUCAACCUCUGGCUGGAACAAAUCGUGCCUAGUUCGCAACACUAUAUAGCUGCCCUUACGGAGUGUAUCAACUCAACAUCAACGGCACAACCACCAUCAGGAAGAGAAACCGAAGAAGAAACAGGAAAAACGGCGACAAAGUAA